AGUUUAUUGACCACACUUGGGAAUAACAUAGUAGUCACAGAUAGCAGAUACAAAUAACGUUCACACAAAUUGUGAAUUUUGCCAAGUUCAGUAUAUGAAUGAGAAAUAACAUGUGGUGGGGAUACAGUGAAUCGUUAGAUUUACAAAAUGAAAUUUCUCAAAAAGACAGCCGAGUUUUAAAAAAUCUUGAAAUACUUAUUGUAGGUGCUAGUGAUGCACGACAUAUUGUUAAAACGCUAGCAUCGUCUUACAUGCAUCCUGAUAGAGUUAUUACAUAUCACGUUAUCGAAUCAACUUUGGAACAAGUUGCUAGAUCAAUACUUUUAUUGAAUAUUUGCUUACAAAAAGACUUAGGACUGCAGGAAGCAACACGGUAUUACUUGGAGAUUUUAGGCAAUACUCUCCUUAGACCAGCUACAGCAAAGUAUUUAACAAAAUGCACCAAACAGCUAUUAGAUAUUUCAACUUGCACCAUUGACUGUCCGUGGUUAUCAUUAGAAAACUUCAAGUACAAGGAUAGAGAUCAUUUGGAGUCUAUUUUUAAGUUUUGGGCACGUGCAACACAUGAAGGAAUUCCUAUUAUAAACUAUUGGGACUGUAGAAUUAGGAAAUUAUUAAAAACAAGAUACGAGUACAGAGAAGGAAUUUUCGACUGGGAUUACUAUAUGGUUUUAAAGCCUAGAGGCAUCUUCAAUCUGACUAUACAAGAGUAUAAAUUUUGGAGGAAUAACGGAGUUGCGUUCACAUGGCUUGAAGGUGAACCAGUCCGAAGCAAUCCAACUUUAUUAAACAAUAUAAUACAAUAUGGAUCUGGAUUUCUCCAUUAUGCGUACUUAGGAGAUAUUGUAAAUGGUCCCUUUUUUACAUGGGCUGCGAGCGAAAGAAUAGAUAAAAAACUUAGGGCAACUGACAUAGCCGAAGGAGAAUUAAUGCGAACUAUUCAUGAGAUAAAAAUGAAAAAAUCUCUAUGCGAAGACUAUAUUGGUGCUCAUAGAGAUUCUUCUAUUUUAAAUGGCCCUGUAGUGACUGAGAUGCCAGAUAAUGAAAUGGAACUUGAAUCAUGGAUAAAUACUGACAAUAAAAUGGAUAAAGAAAAGAUUUCUUGGGUUGAAGUACCAAAUCACAAGAUAAUCUUUCACCCUGCAUCAUCAUUGGAAUUGUUUAAAUCUAAAUCCGAAUACAUAGAUAGGUAUCAUUUGAUUUGGGUAGCACACAAUAUGACAAAGCAAUUAGCAAAUUUGGCACCAUUAGUCUCAACAGGUGCAUCGGUCAUUGUGGAGUUAAGCAAAUAUGUAGCAGAUUUGCGUAAAGAAGAUUUGCAGAAUUUUAACAAAGAAUUGAAGGAGACCAUGCAAAAAAAUGGGCUUCGUUCAACCUAUGACUUUGAUUCCAAUGAGCACACACUUGCUCGUUUAUGCAAAGAUUAAAAUUCUUUUUUCUUU